AUGGAAGCUGCUAAUGAAAUCAUGAGACAGGUUGUUCCGAUCCUCAUGGUUCCCAUUAAUAGAUACCUACGCUACCUCAUUUUAUGCACAAUAUAUAUGAGGGAGAUGGUUAUCAAAAUGAAAGAAUUAAAUGUCGUAAAAGACGGUGUUGAGGAGAAAAUGAGGCAAAACAUUAGUAACAAUCUUGAGGUUCCUAUCCAAGUCGGGGGUUGGUUGGGUGAUGUAGAAAAGAUUAAUGCAAAAGUUGAAAAUGUUUCUCGUGACACUGGCAGCUGUUUUAAUAUAAAGAUUAGAUACAGGGCAGGGAGGAAUGCCUUUGAGAUAAAUGAGGAGAUCGACAGUCUCAUGAGACAAUACAGAGAGAUCAACUGGGCAGAUCACCCCAUUCCUCCAGGAAUGGUUGAUUCCAUGAAGCCAUCCACCUCGACAACGUCAUCCGAACACAAUGAGUUCCAAUCAAGAGAGGUGACUUUUACAAAAGCACUUAAAGCACUCGACCCGAACCACAAAUCCCACAUGAUAGCCUUAUGUGGGAUGGGCGGAGUAGGGAAGACAACAAUGAUGCAAAUGCUGAAGAAGGUUGCCGAAGAAAAUAAAAUGUUUAACUUUAUUAUUGAGGUGGUGAUAGGGGAAAAGAUAGACUCUAUUUCCAUUCAGGAAGUUAUUGCAUAUUACCUCAGUGUAGAGCUCAACGAAAAAAAUAAGUCGGUAAGAGCUGAUACGCUUCGUCGAGGGUUCAAGGCCAAAUCAGAUGGAGGUAAGAAUAAGUUCCUCAUAAUAUUGGAUGAUGUAUGGCAGACUGUUGAUCUCGGAGAUAUUGGUUUAAGUCCUUUGCCAAAUCAAGGUGUCGACUUCAAGGUCCUGUUAACAUCACGAAACAGACAUGUUUGCACUAUGAUGGGGGUUGAAGGUAAUUCGAUUCUCCACGUGGGACUUUUAAUAGAUUCCGAAGCACAAAGAUUAUUUUGGCAGUUUGUAGAAACAUCUGAUCAUGAACUCCAUAAGAUAGGAGAAGAUAUUGUAAGGAAGUGUUGCGGUCUACCCAUUGCCAUCAAAACCAUGGCAUGUACUUUAAGAGAUAAAAGCAAGGAUGCAUGGAAGGAUGCACUGUCUCGUUUAGAGUACCAUGACGUUGACAAUGUUGCAUCUAAAGUUUUUAAAACGAGUUAUGACAAUCUCCAAGAUGAGGAGACUAAAUCCGCUUUUUUGCUCUGUGGAUUGUUUCCAGAAGAUUUCAAUAUUCCUACUGAGGAGUUGGUAAGGUAUGGAUGGGGAUUGAAAUUAUUUAAAAAAGUGUAUACCAUAAGAGAAGCAAGGACCAGGCUCAACACCUCCAUUGAGCGGCUCAUCCAUACAAAUUUGUUGCUUGAAAGUGAUGAUAUUAGAUGCAUCAAGAUGCACGAUUUGGUCCGUUCUUUUGUUUUGGGUAUGUAUUCUGAAGUGGAGCAUGCUUCAAUUGUCAACCAUGGUAAUACACUAGAAUGUCAUGCAGAUGAUACAUAUGACUCUUGUAAAAGACUUUCACUAACAUGCAAGAGUAUGUCUGAAUUUCCCGAAGACCUUAGAUUUCCAAACCUAACGAUUUUGAAACUCAUGCAUGGAGAUAAGUUCUUGAGGUUUCCUCAAGACUUUUAUGAAGGAAUGGGAAAGCUCAAGGUUAUAUCAUAUGAUAAAAUGAAGUAUCCAUUGCUUCCCUCGUCACCUCAAUGUUCUGUCAACCUUCGCGUGUUUCAUCUCCAUAAAUGCUCGUUAGUGAUGUUUGAUUGCUCUUGUAUUGGAAAUCUGUCGAAUCUAGAAGUGCUUAGCUCUGCUGAUUCUGCCAUCGACCGGUUGCCUUCCACAAUCGGAAAUUUGAAGAAGCUAAGGCUGCUGGAUUUGACGAAUUGUUAUGGACUUCGUAUAGAUAAUGGUGUCUUAAAAAAGUUGGUCAAACUGGAGGAGCUCUAUAUGACAGGGGUUGAGCGAGAUCGAAAGGCGAUUAGCCUCACAGAUGAUAACUACAAUGAGAUGGCAGAGCUUUCAAAAGAUCUUUAUGCAUUAGAACUCGAGUUCUUUAGAAACAAUGUUCAUCCGAAGAAUAUGUCAUUUGAGAAGCUACAACGAUUUCGGAUCUCAGUGGGGUGCUAUUUAUAUGGAGAUUCCAUAAAGAGCAGGCACUCGUAUGAAAACACAUUGAAGUUGGUUAUUAACAAAGGUGAAUUAUUGGAAUCUCAAAUGAAUAAGUUGUUUAAGAAAACAGAGGUGUUAUGUUUAAGUGUGGGAGAUAUGAAUGAUCUUGAGGUUAAGUCAUCCUCACAACCUCUUCAAUCCUCUUCGUUCUACAAUUUAAGAGUCCUUGUCGUUUCAGAGUGUGUGGAGUUGAAACACCUAUUCACAUAUGGUGUUACAAACACUUUGUCAAAGCUUGAGCAUCUUGAAGUUUACAAAUGUGAUAAUAUGGAAGAACUCAUACGUACCGGGGGUAGUGAAGAAGAGACGAUUACAUUCCCCAAGCUGAACUUUUUAUCUUUGUGUAGACUACCAAAGCUAUCGUGUUUGUGCGAUAAUUUCAACAUAAUUGAGCUACCACAACUCAUGGAGUUGAAACUUGACGGCAUUCCAGGCUUCACAAGCAUAUAUCCCGUGAAAAAGUUCGAAGCAUCCAGUUUGUUGAAGGAAGAGGUUCUGAUUCCUAAGUUAGAGAAAUUGCAUGUUGGUAGUAUGUGGAAUUUGAAGGAGAUAUGGCCUUGCAAAUUUAGUAGGAGUGAGGAAGUUAAGUUGAGAGAGAUUAAAGUGAGAAAUUGUGAUAAACUUGUGAAUCUAUUUCCGUACAAUCCCAUGUCUCUGUUGCAUCAUCUUGAAGAGCUUGAAGUCAAGAAUUGUGGUUCCAUUGAAUCGUUAUUCAACAUCGACUUGGAUUGUGAUGGUGCAAUUGGGCAAGAAGACAACAACACCAACUUGAGAAGAAUUGAAGUAAGGGAAUUAGGGAAGCUAAGAGAGGUGUGGAGGAUAAAAGGUGCAGAUAACUCGCAUCCCCUCAUCCAUGGCUUUCAAGCUGUUGAAAGCAUAAAGAUUGAAAGAUGUAAGAGGUUUAGAAAUGUAUUCACACCUAUCACCACCAAUUUUGAUCUGAGGGCACUUCUAGAGACCUCUAUACAUUACUCUGGAGAAAACAAGGGAAAUAAUGAAUCAGAAGAGAGUAGCCGAGAGCACGAGCAGUUGUUUUUUUCUUCUCAUUUCUUGUGGGGAUAAGAAAAGGAAGGCGGUGAGAGGAUUGUUGGUGGAUACAAUCGGUUCCAUGGGAUGUACGGUGGAAAAGGUGUGAGAUUUGAGAUCGCUUGGGGUAUCUGAGAUUAUGUUUGACCGUGGGGUGGUGGGAUGGUUUAUGGUGAGCCCAUUUUGAUUUAUAUAAAACAUGCAAGGGGUAAAAUGAUUAUUUUAUAUAUAUUUAAUGGUUCUCUUUUAAUGAUGAAAGCCUUACAAACCAAAACCACAAUGAAACCUUGUCAUAAGGAUGUUUUUUUUUUUUUAAUUUUUUUAAUUUUAGGAACAAGAACCACUUUUUUAAAGGCUAAUCAUAGAGAGCAUUUUUGCAGUUAAUCUAUAUCUAUUGUUUUUUGGUUGUGAAGCCCAAUAUUGAAACCAUUCAUCCUCUUCUUUAAAAAAAAAAAUAAUAAGGGGUACCAAUGCUAGCUUAUUCUUAACCGGUCAAAAAUGGCAAUAACUUAAAAGCAUAGGGACUGAUGUUUAUUCUAUUGUAUUUUAAUCGGUCAAAAAGAUUGUAUUGAAAUAGUUAGGGGACUUGGAUGGGAAGAUAAAGUUAGUUGUUGUUUGUUUUUUUGGGGACAAAAUAUCUGUAGUCUGCAGACCACAUUUGCAAACCUCUACAGUAGAAGAGGUGGAUCAAAUGUCUGCGGUUAGCAAGAAGAAAACUGUUUGUUUGUUUUUUAAUGUCUGCA